AUGCGUACCGCCGAUACACACGGGAGGAUCAGCGUUGUGGAACAGAACUACGGAACACGCACCAGACACACCAUGUCCAGGGUUAACCGUGGGGAGCUGGAGAAUCUUCUGCGCCAGUUUUAUAAAGAAUUUUUCGCUCUGAAAGAAGAACACGGCCUUGAAAUAUUCCCGAUCUUCGACACGUUGCCACCAAGAAGGGACUACCCAGACUACUACACCAUCAUUCGCAGGCCCGUGUCGUUCAAUACAUUGAAGAAAAGAGUGCCCCAUUACACAGACCCGCAACUUUUCCUGGACGAUGCUUUGCAGAUUGCGUGGAAUGCCAUGGUUUACAACACGCCCGAAUCUGAUGUUUACAAAUGCGCUAGGAUUCUGGCGAAACACAUUAGGGAGAGCAUUUUUCCCAGAAUGAGGGAGAAAUACCCAAACGUACGGUAUACGUAUUUGGGGGCUUUGCUUGAACCAGCAGACGAGGCCCUACAGAAGGCUAUGGUGGAUAAACAAGAGAAAGAGGAUCAAAAAAAUGCUGCCGCCGUUGCGAAGGAAAUCCCUGUAAUUGAGCAGCCUAAACCAGAACAGAAAUCGGCUAGGUUUACAACUUCCGCUCAGAUGGUAUCACCACCGCCAACAAACUCAGAAAAGGGCGACUAUUACAAAGACCACACCUCUUCCAAGACCCGUGGACCAAAGGUAAUUAGAGAAUCGUCGGUGGAUGAGUACACCCCAACAAAAGGGAGGCGGUCUAAAUCGUCUACUCCAUAUAAUGAGGGGAAACCUCAGCGGGCACACAUAAAACGUGGUAGACCACCCGUCAUCGACCUUCCGUAUCUGCAAAGAAUGAAAAAUAUACUGAAAGCACUGAAGAAAGAACGUGAUGCCAAAAAUAAACCACUCACAACUCCCUUUGAAAGACUGCCGGCAGAGUUUGAGAAUUCAUCCCUGCUUAACAUUAUCCCCAACGCAGUGAGUCUUGAACAAAUCAGGAAAAAGACGAAACUAAGGAAAUAUAAAGACUUCCAGGGAUUCCAGAAUGACAUGAUCAAUCUUUUGAACGGUUACAGGAUUAUCUAUAAAAAUAAUCCCAGUAUGAUGAGAAGUUUGGCGAAAAUGGAGGAGUCGUACGCGAAUUUUGCCAGAGUUGAAUUGGCAAAACCAGAUCGGUUCUUUUUACCGGAAGGUGCGGCUAGGGUCCCUCUCGAUGAAGUUGUUUUGGACGGUAAAGUUUAUAGAAUUGGUGACUGGGUACUGAUAAAAAAUCCAGACGAUGUCAAUAAACCGACUAUCGGCCAGAUCUUCAGACUUUGGAAUAUGCCCGAUGGGAAAAAAUGGCUGAAUGCCUGCUGGUACUUUAGACCAGAACAAACAGUCCAUCGAGUAGACAGACUAUUUUACAAAAAUGAAGUCAUGAAAACAGGCCAUUACAGAGACAGUCCGGUUGAUGAUGUAGUAGGAAAAUGCUAUGUUAUCCAUUUUACGAGGUACCAAAGAGGUGACCCCGACGUUAAACCAGAAGGUCCUUUGUUUGUCUGUGAGUUUAGGUAUAAUGAAGCGGAUAAGGUUUUCAACAAGAUUAGAACUUGGAAAGCAUGUUUACCUGAAGAAUUAAGGGAUCAAGAAGAACCGACAGUGGCAGUCUUGAGCAGGAAAUUUUUCAAGUACCCGUCACCAAUCAGACAUUUGCUGCCACCGAAUGCUACCGUUCAUGACCCGAUUCCACAGGCUCAGCGGGGUUCACCCAAUACACCUCCCCUCAUCGGUGCUGUUUAUCUAAGACCACCGGUGGAACGUGACGAUCUGGGCGAAUAUUCCUCGUCACCAGACUGCCCCAAGUAUAUUAUAAGGCCUGGUGAUCCACAAGAUGAGGAGGGCAAGUUUGAUUACGAGACAGGAACCUUGACUAUUUUUAUUGAUCCUAACAACCCACCCAUUAGACCUAUACAUGUACCCGGCAGAAGGGGCCGGCCACCAAACGUGCAUCUUGUAUCUGAAAGGAGUACACCUGCUAACAACGAUCGUACCAACACGUCCGAUACAUCUGGAGAUUCUAUGACAGUACAGAGAAUGAAACGACUUCAACAGCAACAGUCGGAUUUGAAACGUCGACAAGACGCGCGAGGGGAAUUGUCUGGGUAUGCUGACACAACAGUGGUCGAUAAUUUGGCGGCAGAGGCCUCCAAAAAUCCGAUGCUCCCAGUGGUGGUCGAUAUUCCGAAUUCGUAUAUAUUGCCGGUCUCAAUAACAAAGAAUGUGGAGUUAUUGCAACGGGCGGAUGCAUCGUCUGAUCAAAGAAGAAAUACCAACCCCGUUGAUAGGUUGUACGGUGAUAAACUUAUGCGUAAGAAGAGAGGCCCAGGUGAUGUGUUGUGGUUCACGGGGCCUAGCAUUUACAUUGAGGAGAGAUUAUUGAACUCAGGAAACCCACUGCUGGAUUGUUCGUUGAAUGAUUUUGUCGGGUCAAAUAAGAAACCCAAAUUGUCAUAUGAUGAACUUGAAGAGGAGGUUGUUGAAAAUGUACGAUCCACAAGGAACAAAAAGAAGGAACUUUUAGAGGAUCAGGCUACUUUCUUUGACGAUUUGGAUGAGACUGUUGAUGAUGGGCUACCUGAAGAGAAGGAGCCUACUGAUGUUCUUAGAUUGCCGGGUACAUACGUGUUGGGAUUAAGGCCGUCCGCGAAAUUCACAGCUUUCAAGCUGCAAUCUAAAGAAAGCACUCUAUUACCUGAAUCUCCUGCUCUGUCGCCCAUUGGGUGA